AUGGGUGCCGGGGCGGACAUGGGUCUGGAGAAACUGGGCAUCUUCGUCAAGACGGUCACUGAUGGAGGAGCUGCACACCGAGAUGAAAGGUUCUGAACAAUCUGUGUUUCAGCAGUGUAUCCCAAAAGUGUUUUUCCCUCUAUGCCCCUUGUUCACUAUCACUCUCUUCCUCCCUCCCCUGCAGGAUCCAGGUGAAUGACCUGAUCGUGGAGGUGGACGGGACCAGUCUGGUGGGCGUGACCCAGGCCUUUGCUGCCUCCGUCCUCAGGAACACCACCGGCACUGUCAAGUAAGAACCCUUACUCAAUAGCUGUCAAUAAACACUUAGUUUCAACAUCAAGCUAUUGGUACAAUAUCUAUUGUGUGUUCACUGCACUCUGGUCAAAUAUGGUUUAACAGUACCCUGACAAAAUCUUUUUAUGAGAAACUAAGCAUGGGAUUGAAGGGAAGGGGGUCUAGAUACAGAACUGUACGAAGACUGGUGAUAGGGAACCAAACACAAGUACCAUAACUCUACCUCCCUUCAGACCAGAUCACAAUUGGAAUCCCUCUCUCCCCAUUCACCACCUCUAAUCCCUUCAUCCCCUCAUCCCUCCGCUCUCAUCCCUCCGCUCUCAUCCCUCCGCUCUCAUCCCUCUCUCCUGCAUUAUUAACUGCCUGUGGGGGUCCUUGUGUUAAUUGUCGGGGCAGUUUGACUGUAGUGUAGCUAGGCGAGACGUCUCUCCCUGUUUUCACAUCACAGCCACCCAGAGAUUGGAGAGGCUGAUUAAUACAUGAGCCUGGAUCCCAGGGAGAUAGCGGCGAGCCCGGUGUCAGUGAAGGAGUGGCGACGCUAUUUAUAAAACAGCCUGGUCCCGCCUGAUUUUCGGACCAAGCUCAGGUUGCUGUCUAACACUAUGGACUGUAACCAAAGGAGAGAGGGAGGGAGGGAUGCCACAAAAAUGUAAUCACCUACCAAAUUGGACUCUUGUCUCCCCUUGUGGAAGCACCUUUGUUCAAAGUGAAUUUGCCACCUACUGUUAAGUCCCCCACCCCCCCCACCCCCCCUCCCCCCUAAGAAAUAGAUUUAGACAAUCUCUGUGGAGAAUGCUGGUGUUUUACCUCAUCCAAGGUCGGAUGGGUUUGUACAGAUGGUGGCAGGGGGAUACUUGCACAUUCACACGUACAGACAGUUCCAGACAAGGCCUGGUUGUUUUCCACUUUGCCUCAUGUCCUGAAGGCUGGAUGGAGCGUGUCUCUGAGCUUGUGAAUAUUCACUGAUUAGCACAUCCGUCGAUCUCACAGGCUGCAGACUAGGUGCACUGACAGGUGGUGAUAUUUUGAUUGGUCCAAAAUUAGAAGCGCCGUCUCUUUGGCGAAUAUGCUUCAGCAUAGUCACAGAAAAUAGAUGGCAUGGUUUGUUUUGAAAAUGCUGGAGAGGUUAGGUGUCAUAUUUGCUUGACAUCUUUUUCCGUGCACAGCUUGGCUUUUCCACAUGGUGGUUAGAUUCCUAGUCACCAUUUCUUCCGCCCUUUUGACCGCCACUGAGUUAUUUCUCCUCAGGCAAGAAAGGGGCACUCUAGUGGGUUCUUAACCCUCACACACUCACAUCAUCAUCACGGAACCCCCGCUCACACUGAAUGCCACAGUGGUGCCGGCGGCCGUGUUGAAUUAUGUAGUUACCGCUCUCUGGGGUCUCAUCGAGCAUGUGUGGUAGUCUAGUCUCAGGCAGGGAGACAGAUUGGCGACCAGAAGGUUGUUAGUUCAAAUCUCACGUAGGGGAUUUUUAUGAUGUAGACGGAGUGAGCAAUGCCGUUUUGUUCUGCAGUAAACCAUAUUAGGUGUACAAAAAUAUAUGACGUUAUAAUAGAUUUAGAAAUGAUUGUUUUCAUCAUAUUGUCUAGUGCACUAAACAUCAAGGAAUAUGAUAUUCUGUUGAAAGAAUCCCUUUUAGUAAAACGUGGUAUUAUCUACAGCCACAUGUUUUUCUUUGUCUUACGUGUCAAUGUGCAUCUGGCUGCUUUGCACACAUGCUUGGGUGUGAAAAAUUAUCUCCAGGCAACCGUCCAGUUGAGGUCUUUCCGCUCGAUCAUUCCAUUGGACAACAUGUGACAGCCAGAACUGGUGUCGCGGUCUUAAGGGUCCCAUCUGCAACAGGAUAACUCUGUCAGACAGUUGAAAUGGCUCUGUAGAUGCUUCAGUCACACAUUCUAAAAAACAACAUGCAUGUCCUCUCAUGCUUUCUGGUCCCCAGGACUGACAUUUGUUUAUUUUAUUGUUAUUCUCUGUGAUACAUACAAAGAGGUGUGUCUCAAAUGGCACCCUAUUCCCUAUAUAGCGCUCUGGGCAAAAGUUGUGCACUAUAUAGGGAAUAGGGUGCCAAUUGAAGACACAGCCAUAACCUUCUAUCCUGAUAGCAUGCCACACUUAUUCCCUGAAUUGUCUUUCUCCCUCAGAGCAAUCUUAUCACAUUUUCUACUGGUUACACAUUUUCCUUGAUUCUCAUUAGUGAUGUCAACUCAUCCGUCCAUGUACAGUGAGAGUCAUGUUCCUUCCAGGCACAAGCUGUAAUUUUAAUUUCCCAUCAAAAGUUGCUGCCCUGGCUUGCACUUGAUUGUAAACUGUGGGGGCUAUUUUCUUGGCAAAUGUAACUGAUGAGUUAUUUGAAUUCUACAGUAUGGCCCUACUGUGAUUAUAGCAUAUCUAUCUACGGUGUAUCUUCUGAAGUUGCAACCACUAGACCUAAACUAUCCUACCCUAGGUUUACCUUACUACCCACUAAAUCCUACCCUACGUUUCCCAUUGGCUACUCCUUGACAGACAUGCCUUUCCACUCACCCCAUUGGUUGUUGUUGCCCAUGCAGGUUCAUGAUUGGCCGAGAGAAGCCAGGUGAGCAGAGUGAGGUGGCCCAGCUGAUCCAGCAGACCCUGGAGCAGGAGCGCUGGCAGAAAGAGAUGAUGGAGCAGCGCUACAGCCAGUACAUGGAGGAGGACGAGGAGGUGAGGGGCUCACAAUGUCUGCGUCCCAAAUGGCACCCAAUUCCCUUUAUAGUGCACUACUUCUGGCCAGAUACCAUAGGGCCCUGGUCAAACGCACACACCACACCAUGAAAAAUAUUAGUUCAGCCCAUCCAAAACAUCUUCAUUCAUUCCAUCAAUCAAUAAUAUGACAAAAUAAGAUGGUGCUAAUGAAGCGUUUGACACUUCCUCCCCACCGCUAACAGAUGUUUCCAUCACGCUCCCUUCACAAUGGAAUAAUACAACUAUAUAAUUCUAGAAAGAACACUCCCUGUUCACCUCCCCUUCACUGAUCUAACUGGACUGGAUAGGUGUAAGCAAUAUGACGGAACAUAGGUGCACCAGAUGCCCAGUCAUCUCAGAUCUUUGAAAGGGGCUGAAUAAGGACAGAGACGGUACGGGAAAGUGUUGUGGAAUUAAACCCUGCCCAGCAAUUUUCUCAGUUCUUUAUCUCCCCUCAGUCUCUUUCAUGGAGAGGAAAUGCUUGAAUAAUUGAAUCCGUCUCCUUGUUAAAUUCAAUCACGUUCAAUAUAUGUCUGGGCUUGGGUGUGAAAGACAGACAAGUGUGGGCCAGAUGCCAUGACCCAGGUCUGGUAUUCCAUCACACUGUGUCUCCCCAUCAGAACAUGCCCCCCUCCCAACAGAUCUAAGCCUGAAUCAAUGUAAUUUCCUGCUAAAGAUGCAUUACCAGUAACAUACACAUCCUUUGUAAUACGUUUAAAAAAUGAAUAGUUCUUGUUAUUUGGCCUUGUUUUUAUGGGUAGGCAUCGUUUGAUGGCAUUGUCCUAUGUGACUCCAGCUCAUCCCUUAGUCUCUGUGCUUUGUUCGUUUCUCCCCAACUCUGGUUGGCUAUGCAACAUUCAAACAGUGUUUGAAUUUUCAGCACGUUUGAAGCGUUGACACAUCAGACAGUGUUGUUGUGACAGGCGCGUUCAGGGCUUUGAUGCUUGGUCCAACUGGGAGGGUUCAGACGGGCAGACAGACCAGGGUUGAUGGUGGGGGGGAUGUGUGUGUGUGUGUGGCAUUCCCUCAGAGAGUUACUCAUUGGUGUGACAAGGUUAGGAGAGCUUUGUUGGGGCUUGUCCCAGGUGGCUGUUGUUAAAGGAAGAUUUGGAAUGGCUGUCUGUCUGUCUGUGUGUUGUGUGUGCAUGAGGUGUUAGGAGUGAGUGUGUUGGAGUUCAGUGUGUUGUGUGUGAAGGAAGGGGGAAUUUCCUUUUAUCGAACAGAGGUUUGUGUGUGUGUUUUGUUAUUGACCUCACCAGGUCCAUAUAGACAGUACAGUAGAGUGGGAUUUAUUGCACCAAUCAACAGAACAAUUGAUUAUAGACACAUUUGUAUGUAGACUAUUUGUCAACAAAGAUUCACAUCAAUGCAGCCACGGAGUCCCCUGACAAGCUUUGCCUUUUGACAGGCUUCCCUGGUAAACACAAAAUGGUGGUUGCCCAAUUCUAGGGUGUCAUUUCUGGCCCACUGGCGUUCUACUCCUGGAUGGCUUUUUCCACUAAGCUCAACUUCACCAUCUAGUGGCCAUUUUAGGGUAGAGGGAAAAGAUUGAGAAAUAGAAAUGUAGGCCUAUCCUGCGAGGACCCCCAAAAAACGUUGGUUCCACUUUGGUGAAACCAUGUAUUUACUUCACAUGGUAGUUACAUAGGCAGGGAUGGUUACUGUGUGACAUUGGUGGUUCACAACAAGACAGGAACAUGACAGGAAUUUGUCUAUAUACACUCUCUGAAUAUAUUGUGAAAAUCUUCUGAAUGUCCUCCAGACAGGUGAGUAUGCCACGGACGAGGAGGAGGAGAUGAGCCCCAUGUUCCCCAACGCCAUAGAGGUGUUUGACCUGGCGGAGAAUGAGGACAUGCUCUCCCCCAUGGAGAUGGACCCUGAGAAACUGGCCCACAAGUUCAAAGAGGUGAGCAGGGAGGCUUGAUGCCAAAGGCAAAUGUUUAUCUCAAAAUGGAUAUUCAAUUCAACUUCUUGUUGAGCGAGUGUAUGAGAUGAGCCAUGGUGUCCAUUUUUUUACCUCUCUCUCUCCCUCUAUAGCUUCAGAUAAAGCAUGCCGUCACCCAGGCUGAGAUUCAACAGCUGAAGAGAAAGGUAGACCUGCUCCAAAAUCAAUUAACCAACAAACAUAGGACUGGUUUCACAGACCCACCUUAACCCUGGACAUAAACACACAGUCCAGGAGUAAACUAGAAGUAUACAGGAGUAAACUUGACACUUUCUCCCCUCAUCUAGCUGGCGCAUGCAGAGCAGGACAAGCUGCGCUGGCGCAUGGAGCGUGCCCAGCUGGAACAGAGCGUUCGGGAGAACAAGGAACGCAUGGAGAAGCUGGAGGGCUACUGGAUGGAGGCCCAGAGUCUGUGUCAGGCGGUGGACGAACACCUGAAGGAGACACAGGCCCAGUACCAGACCCUGGAGCGCAAGUACAGCAAGGCCAAGCGCCUCAUCAAGGAAUACCAGCAGAAGUAA